CUCUUAUCCUACAGGACAAUCGUGAAGCGUCCCACCUCCCUCGCAGCAGGGAUCACAUCACGCUGUCACCGACAGCAGCUCAUCGCCGUACCCUGUGCUCGCGGCGGUGAGACGUGACACAAUCCCAUCUCGGCUUUAUCGCAAAAGUUCCACAACAAAGUGUUUGAGACAACACCAUGAAGUCCCCGCUAGUCUACGCCUCGCGAUGUCUGAGCGACAUAGAAGACCGUUGGAUUCCCUAUUCCUCGCUCUGGUGGCGCUUCUGGACCCCUGAUAUCCCCAUCGGCGAGCGCUACCAAGAAGGCGUCUUCGUCGGCUACUCCAACGGCGACGACGACACCGACGACGAGGACUUGGCCGCCCUCGACAUCCGGCGCAUGCUCGCCAUCCCCUUCAUCCGCCACAUCUACAAGAAGCUCCCCUACAUCGACGUCGUCCCCGUCAAGCGCCCCUACGAGCAAUUGUCGCCGGCCCAACGCCAGCAGCGCGAACAAUUCGUCAUCGACUCCACCCUUGCCGCCUACAACGAAGGCAAAGCCCUUUACCCACGCUCCACCAUCUCCCAAAUCGAAUCACAGCUCGCCGCCGCCAGCCAGACCCUCGCCCGCCGGCGCAAAGCCUACCCGUCCCCCUCCUUCUCCUUCUCCUCCUCCUCCCGCUGGCACCUUCGCCUCCGUCAAAAGCUAUUCUCCCACUGCGAAGCGCCGCAGACAGCCUUCCUCUCCUUCCGGGCCUUUGACGACGUCACGACGCACGUGUCGACGUGGGCGCCGGGCGUCGAGGUGACGCUGUCGGACAGCAGGACCGUCUAUAGACCGGGCCGGUCGCAGAUCGAGUUCCGCACGAUUCAGGAGCUGACGCAGCCUGAUCCGGAGCUUGACUCGGAUGAGCAGCAGCAGUUUGUGCCGGAUAGCUGGAUGCCGUCUGUGGGGUACCAGCCUGUUGUUGUGGGUCGGCGGGUACAUCCGAUUGAAUUGUUGUAUUUUCUCGGGCCUGACGCGGAGCAGAUGGAUGCGCUUGCGAUGGGUGAGCGGUUGAGGGAGUAUUGUGGUGUGGUUUUGAAGAGUGGGGAGUGGGAGGUUCUGAAGGGGCGGGUAAGGGAGACGGUGCGAAACGGGGUUGGGGUGGAUAAGGUUGUUUUCUUUUACGGCAAUGGCAUAAGCGAGGACUUUGACUACUGCAGACGCGCCAUGUUUCUGUUUGCGGUGGCGGUGUGUCUGCGUGAUUUGGUCAUGGAGCUGCGCGAGGCUAAAGGGGAAGGGAUACCCAUCUACAUGCCGGCCUAUGAUACGGCGCGGCGAUGGAACCUGCAGGAGCAGUCCUUCCUUGACCCGCACGGGGUGCACUUUGUCGAGUCUAACGGGGAGCUAUUCCUCAAGGUCGACGAGCGGACCAUGGUAGUGUCUUACCGGAACUGGAACCCGGUCAAGCAGGUUGUGGCGGACAUCGCGAGGCCGGCCAUGAUGAUCUGCCGCCCUGUUUCGGAAGACCUGGAGGACUUUGGCUGGAAUGAGGUAGACAAUGACGAGCAGGAGACGCUGCUGGUCCCCAAGGUCAGGUCGCGGCACAUAGACUUCUCGACUAUUGUCGUGGACCCGGAUUCACCGCGGGUCCGGAAGUUGCUCUACAACUAUGACAGGUACGAGCUACCUGAGCUACCAGGGGAUAUUGAAGAGAAGGACAUUUUGAGCCUCUACCUGCGCAGGCCCGGGGCGUCCUUAGAGGUGGAAUACUGGUAACGGCGUUCUGGCGUUUUGAGAGCGUUGAUCGUUUGAUGGCUUUGGGAGGUUGUAGGAUGCAACCGUUGAAUGGAGACCGGAAACGGCCCGAUUAUGAUACCCCACUCACAUAUUAGAGUAAUACUACAUUUGAGGUACUUUCUAUGAGCAGCGGCGACGAA